AUGUAUGAUACAAGUAUUAAUUAUGAUGAUACUCCUUAUAAAUUUCAAUGUAAAGCUUAUUUUACUGGAACACAAUAUUCAGAUUCAUCAAAAUCUUCAUCAAAUUCAAUAACAUUUAUUCUUUUUAUCAAUGGACGUUUAGUUGAUUGUCAACCAUUAACAAAAUCUCUUCAACAAAUGUAUACUGUUUUAAUAAAUAAACAAACAUCACCAUUUGUAUAUCUUUAUUUAAUACUGGAUCCAACAACAUUAGAUGUUAAUAUAUAUCCAACUAAAAAUGAAGUCAGAUUUUGA